AUGUCCGACGCGAACGAACUCAUGGUGCAAGCUGCGGCGAUUGGCGUCGAUGGUCUUCUCAACUUCAACGGCGCAACGAGUAUUUCGGGACACGGCUGGCUGAACAACCUCAACAAGCUCGAACAGCUCCACGAGCUCCGUAUGAUGGCGUUGGGUAAUGCGAAGAUGCUCUACGGCUCUGAGAAGUUCAAGUACUACGACGUCGUCAUUGUGUGUAGUGAGCCGGACGCCAGGUUUGCCGCGCUCCUUGUCUGCAGCUUCAAUGACGCCACCAAGAUCCUUCGCAAGGAAGUGGCUACGUGCCCGAUUGCUGCUGCACGCGCCAUCGUACAUGGUCUGCACACGGACAGUGGUCUUCUGUUGAGCAAGUACAACGUCGGUGAUCAACUGUUUGGCCAGCAAGGCGGCACUCCUCAUGGUGGCGAGUUCGGACUCUACGACUGGAAGCGUGCGAUCAACGACCCAACCCAGGACCAAGACGAUACCUCGACUCUGGUCCGCGGUGGUCUGGCAGCAGCGCCCAUGGGUCCGCGAGCUGAGAGGCGACCGCACAAGCGUUCGAGAUGCGACAACGAUAGAGGUGAUUACUGGGACCGCAGUUGCGUGUCGCGCGAGUCUGAGGGCAGGCUUAUGUACGAUGACUGA